CUGGCGUAAAUAGCCAAUAAGUGAUGCUGGAACAAGGAAGGAAACUUUCAGCUAUUACUUUCAUUCUUGGGACAGAGAUCCAAAUUAAGUGCUCCUGCAGCGUAGAAUGAAAGUUGGUUGGUGGAAAUCGAUUAAAAAGAAAGAAAGAAGACGGCGACGCUGAAGGUCAGUCCCCGGGGUGGGCGCGCACAUCGGCGAUAGAAAAACCACCCAGAAACGAUUGGCGAGGUUAGAACGGACCGGAGAGACAACUAUGCCCGGUGGAAAGUCAGAAGCCUCCUCUGACUCCCCCCGCCAGAGCGAGGCGGGCGGGGACGAGGAGAGGACGUUCCUGUACCACGUGACGCCCAGGCAGCCUCUGAGGAGAACCGCCUCGCAAAAUGGCGGCAGCGGCAGCUUUCGAACGUGCGCCUCCAUCUCUCAGGGCAGCGGCGGAAGCCAUCGCGGUGGUCGUCGGCGGGAAGUGAGGUUUUCUGAGGAAGUAGUCGAGCACUCGACCGCGGGGACCACGCCGAGGCCGCACGGCUUUGCGAUGUCGGGAAGACGGCUUACCAGAAAGGCUGCGAAAGAUGAAAAAGAGGCGGCGGCGGCGGCUGCAGAAGAAGAGGAAGAAGAACGUAGCGUGGGGUUCCAACCGGAAUGGCUGGCCGAGAAGGAAGCAAGGACCGAGCAGCAGCAGCAGCUCCCCAGAGAGGAGCUACUAACUGGAUCUUCCAAAGAAGAAUGUUCCUCAAGCGAAGCCAGAAACAGAGCGUCCAACAAAAAUUUUAAUGGCAAAAUGCAAACACAGAAAGAAAAUACAGAUAACAUCAAAAUGUUGAGUGUUGGUCUCACUCGACCUCCUAUUAGGGCUUCAAGAGAAGAUAAUCCUCCUGCCCUGCCCCGAACUCCUGAGCUCAAGAGAUCUUUGAGAGGUUCUCUUUCAGAUUCAGUGCAGAAUUGGGAAGAAUUAAGGCACAGAAAACAAGCAAAGGCUGACAUAAUAUUAGGGGAUCACAGAAUCACAGAUCACAGAAUCACAAAGCAUGAGAAGCUCAGUGCUCUACAGAAGAAGGAUCUACAGACUGCUUUAAAAAUUUCUAAACCUGAAAGAAGAUACUCACUCACAGCAAUUGUGAUAUUUGUGGCAGCUUGCAUUGCUGCUGGUGGAUGGUAUAUAUUUUGGCAUUCAUCAAUUCAUGCUUCGGAAAUUGAUUAUAAAGUUCUACAAGCAUUUAAAAACCAAAUGAAAGAGCUCAGGAACACCUAUCCAAGUCAAGACGCAAUAGUGUGGAACAGAAUCCAAGGUAUUUUUGAGAAACGUCUAAAUUUUUCUCACCCUCAUUCAGAACCAGCUAUUUUAUUACUCACCGCUUCAAAAGAAGCCGAAGAUGUGUUGAAGUGUUUAAGCAACCAGAUUGCUGAUGCUUUCUCAUCUUCUCAAGGUGCCCUUACAGUUAAAAUUGAUGGGGCCAGCACAAGAGCUCAAGAUAGUGAUGUUGUCAAACUUACUGUUGAUGAAAAACUGAGCUCUGGUUUUGAGAAUGGUAACAAAGCAGCGGUAGUCCAUCGGUUUGACUCAUUACCCGCAGGUUCCACCCUCAUUUUUUACAAGUACUGUGACCACGAAAAUGCAGCAUUUAAAGAUGUGGCUUUACUAUUAACCGUUCUUCUGGAUGGGGAAUCCCUGAAUAAGAGCUUUUCCUUGUUGGAAGUUGAGGAGAGAGUGAAAGAUUUCCUCUGGGCUAAAUUUACUAACUCAGAUACACCAAAGUCUUAUAACUACAUGGAUACAGACAAGUUGAGUGGCUUGUGGAGUCGCAUAGCCCAUCUAGUCUUACCUAUAUGGCCGGAAAAUUUCCUCCCUCAGGAGAAAUGCUUGCAGAUGAAAUAACUUAAGAAAAGGGAGCAAGAAGAAAACGAAGAAAACAUGAAUUGUAUAAAUCUGUUAAUGUUUAUAUAAUGAGAAAAUUGCAAUUUACUAAUCAGAAUUACUGAAGUUAUAGGUGAUUCAAUAUCGGAAUAAGAUGUCUCCUUUAUAAGGAAGCUGAUAAUCUGUAAAGAACUUUUAGACCUUUAACACAAUUCUAGUGAUUUAUUGGAAAUCAAGAUUCUAUACUAAGGGGAAAAUAUCUUGUUGCUCAGGCCCACCCAACUUUGUAUAAUACGAAUUUUUUAAAGCAUCAAAAUCCUUUUGGAAAAUACUGUGAUUGUGGGCAACAAGGUAAGGCAUUAUAGUACUAGAUUCUAUCUUUCUGCUUGAAGUUUAAUGGACUGCAAAGUUGAAGUUGAGACCAGGUUUUCCUAUAGCCUAAGAAUAAUUCUGUCUUACUCCAUUUCCCAAAACUGCAUUUUAAAAAAUCUUGUAACUGUAGAUUCUGUAAGUUUCUGCUUUGGCUACAAAAUUAUGUAAAAUGUAAGCCUGUGUCAAUUCAAUGAUAGACUGUUUUUCUCAUUUGAAAAUGGCCUGUAGCUAUGUAAUAUGGUAUGUAUGUUUUCAAAUAAUUAUAAUCACAUCAAUCUAAAAACACAAGCCUCUUCAGUUUGUUCAGUUAGACUAUAACUACUAGACAACCAAAGGCUUCCUUCAGAUUUAUGAGAAAUUUGAAAUUUUUAUUUGAAAUCUAUUUUUUUAUUCUGUCAAUGACCAGCAACAUUAAAUAAUAAAAUGAGCUAUAUAAAACAGUGAUAGGAAAGACAAUCAGGAUCAAGAAAGAGAAAUAGGUGCAUUAUAUAUUAGCAAUUAUAAAAGAAAUCAAAUAUGAUAUACUCUAUAAACACCUUAUUACAAUAAUGCCCUGUUUAUUUAUCUAACACUGGUAAAAGUGAGGGGUCCUUGGUGUUCUCUGAGCUUGCUUGUUUUCUUGCAGAUGUUUCAUCACCCUAACUAGGUAGAAUCAGUGCUACGACUAGCACUGAUGAUGUUACCUAGUUAAGGUAAUGAAAUGUCUGCAAGAAAACAAGGAAGCUCAGAGAGGACCAAGGAGCCCUAAUUUCAACCCUGAGCUACAAAUAUUCUCCUUUAUUAGUACUGAUAAAAGUAAUACAGGUAGUCCUCAACUUACAACUGUUCCUUUACUGACCAUUCAAAGUUACAAUGGCACUGAAAAAAGUGACAUGAUUGUUUUUCACACUUAUGAUCAUUGUAGCAUCCCCAUGAUCAAAUUUUGAAUGCUUGGCAACUGACUCAUAUUUAUGACAGUUGCAGUGUCCUGUGAUCACGUGAUCAUUCUUUGCAACCUUCUCACAAGCAAAGUCAAUGGGGAAGCCAGAUUCACUUAACAACUGUGCUACUUUAAUUACUACCAUGAUUCACUUAACAAAUGCGGAAAGAAAAGGCAUAAAAUGGAAAAAACUCACUUAGCAACAUAAAUUUGGGGCUCCAUUAUCAUAAGUUAAGGACUACCUAUUUAAUAAAACUAUAUAUUAAAAUAUAUGUUCUCUAAAAAUUACCAAAAAAUAACUAAGCAAAGUAUUAAUAAAAAUAAGGAUCUUUAGUGCUUUAACCAGUUUUUCCUUAUUAUCAUUGCAGCAGUACAGAAUUUUGCUACUGCACGAGUGGUGCAUGGAUUCAAAUACUAAAGAAGAUGGUUUACAAAGACAUUAUUUUGAUUUCCCUAGAAAUCUAUCUAUUAGAGGGAGAAUGUACAUUGAUGUCCCUGUAAAAUGUGCAGCGUAAUAAGAUGUGAUAUAUCUUCACUUCCCCAUUCUCACAUGUACAUAUUCACUCAGCUAUUGGGGCUUUGGACCUUACUCCAAAACAUGGAGUAAGGUCUCACAGGGAUCUAGCAUAGUCUUACAGCAGUCCAGCAAUCCUCAUGGCAUGUACUGUACAAUCAAAACUGGAUCAUUCUUUUCCUGCUAAAGAAACUGAUAGCAUUGAGAUUUUCUACAAUUGCUGCUAUAAAUAGCAAAUAUUAAUACAAAAUAUAGAUUGCAUUAACUUUUGUUAAAGCCACUUCUUUGUAGGGUUGGGCAAUCAAGAAAUUUAAUAGAUAAUAAAAUUGUAUUUGCAGAUAUUAAUACUGUACAUUGACUGUGGAGAGUAUAGGUUUGAGUCACUUCAUGAGAGAAGUUCUUUGAUCAAUUCAAAGAGUUUAAUUUUUUAGCAAAAACCUAAUACAGUGAUAAAUGAUAGACUACAUAUUUAAUCAGUUUGGUUAUUUAUGUAUGUGUGCUAAAGUCUUCAUUAAAAAUUACUAUAUUUUGACUGAAAA